AAUCCCAGGCAGGAAGGCUAAUCGAGCACAGAGUGCGUGAGCUGCGUUUGAAGGAGUAUGGCGCUCUCCAGAGGUUUGAGAUGCUGUCAAAGGGUUUUCUCGUGGAUACCCGUGCUUAUUAUUGCGUCCGUGGCGCUGUGGUCUUACUACGCUUACGUAUUUCAACUAUGCCUUUUCACCCUGUCAAACACGUUGGAAAAGGUGGCCUACUUACUGGUAUUCCAUGUGUGCUUUGGGAUGUUUUCCUGGACCUACUGGAAGUCCAUCUUUACUCCUGCUGCUUCUCCAUGCAAGAAGUUUCAGCUGUCGUACUCGGACAAGCAACGGUACGAGAUGGAGGAGAGGCCGGAUGCGCAGAAACAAAUCCUGGUUGAGAUUGCCAAGAAACUGCCUAUACACACUCGUGCUCAGUCUGGAGCUAUCAGGUUCUGCGACCGCUGCCAGGUGCUGAAGCCCGACCGCUGUCACCACUGCUCGGUCUGCGAAACGUGUGUUUUGAAAAUGGACCACCACUGUCCCUGGGUGAACAACUGUGUUGGCUUUUCCAACUACAAGUUUUUCCUGCUUUUCCUGUUCUAUUCAAUGCUAUACUGCAUAUACAUAGCAGCCACAGUCCUUCAGUAUUUCAUUAAAUUCUGGGUGGGGGACUUGCCAAAUGGGCCAGCCAAGUUCCACGUGCUUUUCCUCAUGUUUGUGGCACUCAUGUUUUUUGUUAGUCUCAUGUUCCUCUUCGGUUACCACUGUUGGUUGGUUGUGAAAAACAGAUCCACUUUAGAGGCCUUUUCUGCUCCAAUCUUUGUCAAUGGACAAGAUAGACAGGGUUUUAAUGUUGGAAUACGCAAAAAUCUGCAGCAAGUAUUCGGAAAAGACAGGAGAAUGUGGUUCAUCCCCAUUUUCACAAGCCAAGGGAAUGGACACUACUUCCCCUUGAAUCGGAGUGAAUGUCAGAACCCCUUACUGGCAAACGAAGAGAUGUGGGAGGAAUCAGACGAUGCUUCUGAAGAAGGAAGCUGGGUUGAGGAUCAAGACCCUUCUGUUACCGUAGAGAUGGAGGACUAGAGAAUUGAAAGUGGUGCAGGGGUUGAAGAGGAGUAGGGAACAUCCAAUCUAAAAUGUGGACGUCCUCCUUACAACUCUGAUGUGGACCAACCAGAUGGAUUGCACCAGCAUUUGGAUGUUGUUCUCAUCCCAAAAGAGAUUGUGAAGGAACGGACUGACACGCGGGUGUGUCCCAUUGUUACACUACAAUGAAGUGCAAUCACAUGCACUCAUUUGAACAUGUGCUUUCGCAAAAGCAGUGCUCCAGUGGAACAGUUUGCACCAUCCAAACAUUACCUCAUGUUCACUUACGCUUCAGGAGGCGGAUUGAUUUACCUGGAAGCUCAGUCUGGUAACAGAGGUAGCUUAUCCUAUUUCCACUCACUUAACCUGCGCCUUACACAUACUGUAUUUAUGUCGUCCUGUGUUGUGGGAAUGAAUCCAUUUUCCUAAUGAAUGUAUGCAGCAGCCUGCUUCUAUGGCGUAUAAUAUUUUAGGUACAAAUCUCCAUUAUAGUUUUUCUACUCGACCAUGUGUGUGUGUGAUAAGGCUGGUAAAGGUAAGAAACAGGAACAACAAUUAUCCCCCCCACAAAAAAUCAAUAAUUAUUAGUAACUGUCAGACCUUAGAUUUUGAGUUUUUUUUUUUUUUUUUUGCUACACAAUCAUAUCCUGAAUUAGUGGCACAAAUGGCAUUAAUGUGAACAACAUGGAUAUUUAUGUUGUAAUAAUUCUGUGACAAGUAACAAAUGAACACCUGAGCAGCAGCAUUGUGGUUGGCACAACUGGCUCACAGUAUUGAGGUUCAGCUUUGACCUUCCUGUGUUACUUUGGCAACUAAAUUGUCCGUUUGGUUGUCAACUAGUCCUAGGUGUCCACCACCAUUCGCACAGUCAAUUGGUCUACCAUGCAGCAAGUGCAAAUUUGAAUGUGUAUCGUUGUAUGUGUAAGAUAAUUGAUUUCAGCUAGAAACAAUUAGUGAUACCUUUACCCAAAGCAUUUUUUAAAUACAGGCGUAACGAAUAAAAUUCCAAAUAAAUAGUGCUCAUGUGAGGCAUUUACACAUUCCUCCCCCCAUUGUAACAGUAACAAUUCUUUUUUUGACCAGAUCAGACAUCAGCAAGUCUCGCGCCGCCCCCCCACAAACAUAUGUAUAAAUAAAAGCCUCGAAAAUAUACACCGCUUCACACUUGAGGAAAUAUGGAUGUUGUAUGUAUUUUGUCAUGUUUGCUGGUUUG